AUGUCAGCCCCUCCACCAGCACCAGCAACAUCAGGCCCGCCUGACACGAUGUGGUCUCGCAUUGUUUCGGGUGAUGCCAAGAAGAUCGAGGCCAAGGAGAAGAGCGAAGCCAAGGGAAAAGGCAAAUCGAAGCAGGAUGGCAACGUCUGGUCUCAACGAGCUUCUGGAGAUCUCAGCUCAGGCGGCGACCAAGGGGAAUUUCCGCAACUGAGCAACAAUGCACCGUUCGCGGGAGCCGCAAAUCAGGGUCUUUGGGCAGGACAAGCUGCCAGGAACCUUGGAGGGCCUGGAAACGGCCCCAGAACCCCGGCUUCUGCUAUGCCUCAAGCCCAACAAGACGACCUGUUUUCUCCCUCGUCUAGACUUCCGUCUAGUCAGAACUCAUUUCGAUUUGGUAGCCAGGCUAGUAUCGGCCAGGCGCAACAACCCCAGCCCAGUGGCGGUGACGAGUUUCCACCACUGAAUAGGAACGGCAACGGUGAAAUUGGUCAAGAUCGAGUUGCAAGUCUCAUGUCGGGGCUGAAUCUGGGCUCUCAGGGGCAAGUCGCGUCGACACAGGCCAGGGGCUCUGGCAACGGACUUCUCAAUGCGGUUACGGCAAACACUCGUGCCUCUGAGGCCCGAUCGCCAGUUGGUACUCGACCAUCAGAAGGACGGUCCUCGAUCACUGAGGAUGAUGCGCGACAGAAGUCCGCAUUCCGUGAGGAUGGCGCUGCCCCCCAACCGCCCCUCUCGGACGGACCCAGUCAAUCUACUGAAUCCCGGAACCCUCUCCGUGCUAUUGGCAACGACGCCUCAAGCGGCAAGGGUGUUGAGCCACCCGCUGAAACUUCGACCUCCACAGCUCAAGAGCCUCUUGCUGGCAUGUCAGAAGCAGACAAAUGGGGCAUAAAGGGCCUAUUGACGCUGAUGGCGAAAUACCCUUCCUACCACGCCCUAGUCCACGGUCUGAAUCCUGCGGAAUUGGGUCUUGAUCUGAGCAGCGAGGCUCGCAUUACCGAACAGACUUUCUCGCUCACCAGCCACGAACCACCAAAGCCACCACAGCCAAAGUUCAGCCUUCCAGAGUGCUAUACUGUCCGGAACACGCAGCCCAUUGAGCAGAAAAUGCCAAACUUCACCGAGGAGACCCUGCUUUACAUGUUCUACUCUAGCCCGCAGGACAAGCACCAGUACCUGGCGGCACAGCAACUGUACCAGCGCGGUUGGCGUUGGCACAAAGAUCUUCGUGUGUGGCUGACAAAGGAUGUGGAGAUGCAGCCAGUAGCGGUCAGCCCAGAAGCUGAGCGAGGAUAUUACGUGAUCUGGAACGCCGAGACUUGGGCGAGGAUGAGGCAAGAGCUCACCCUCUAUUACGCGGACCUCGAGACCUUCCCCGAACUCCCUCCAGGGCCUCAUUCCUAG